GAUCUGUAGCUUCUCGUCAUAUACAGCGUAAUGGCGGAGACGACGACGACGCGGGGACUGCCCGAGGAGGUGGUGACGCACCCUCUGGUGCUGCUCAGCAUCGUGGAUCACUACAACCGUGUGGCACGUGACACGAGCAAGCGCGUAGUCGGCGUGUUGUUGGGAUCGACGUUCCAUGGCAAGUGCGACAUCACCAACUCGUUCGCUGUGCCUUUCGACGAGGACCUGCGGAACCCAGGGAUCUGGUACCUGGACCACGAUUUCCUGGAGAGCAUGUACCAAAUGUUCAAGAAGAUUAACGCGAAGGAGCGCAUUGUGGGCUUUUACAGCUCGGGCCCAAAGAUCCGCAAAGCCGAUCUGGACAUUGACGAUUUGUUCCGUCGCUAUUGUCCAAACCCGGUGCUGGUUAUCUGUGACGUGCGUACCAAUGUGGAAGGUCUGCCCACCACAGCCUAUGGCUCCAUUGAGGAAGUGGAGGAGGACGGCAAGGCCAUCAAGCGCGUCUUUAAGCACAUUAAGUCCACUGUCGGCGCUUACGAGGCCGAGGAGGUCGGUGUCGAGCACUUAUUGCGCGAUAUUAACGACCCGUCGGUGAGUUCAUUGGCCGGACAGGUGAAGCACAAAAUGACGGCACUUAACGGACUGAAGGAGCGACUAGAGGAGAUGAAAACGUACUUGGAGAACGUAGUGGCGGGCCGCUUGCCACCGAACCACCAGAUCAUCUACAACAUGCAGACCAUCUUCAAUCUGCUGCCCAAUCUCAACAUCGACGAGCUCGUGCGCUCCAUGUUCAUGAAGACAAACGACAUGCAUUUCGUCAUCUACUUGUCAUCGCUGAUUCGCUGCACGAUCGCGUUGCACAACCUCGUGAACAACAAGAUUAAGUACAAAGAGUCGGAGGAAGUAAGCUUUACGGACAAGAAGGAGGAGAAGAAAGAAGCGACAUCGGACAAGAGCACAAAGGACAAGGCGAGCGAAAAGGCCCCGUAG